UACUCUCUCCCCGGUCGGUCUCCCCCCCCCCCCGCUGUGGUCGCUGUGUCCCCGCUACCGGAGCCAGGUGUGUCCGGGUCGAGGAGCAGCAGAGGGCGGCCGCUGACGUCCGUCUCCUCCCCUCCGUCACUCCGUCAGUGUGUGUGUUUGUUUUUAGAGAAGAUGGCGACCAGCUCGGAGCGCAGUCCUCCUCCGUUCCCGGACUCCGAGGACCAAGACGUGCUGGACUCUGAAGAGGUCGCAGGCCGAGACAGUGACGAGGAGGACGGGGAGGACCUGUUCCUGAGCCCGAGCGACCCUCCGCUGAGUGAGAUGGACGCGUUGCUGCCACCUGCCAGUCAACCCGUCGACUCCACCAAACCGCCCACCGACCUCCUGGACGAUCUGCUGAUCGAGCCCGUCGGCAGCCAAACAGAAGUCAAAGCGGCGAGCGAAGUCGUCAGCGAGCCCUCGGAUGAUUUCGUCGACCUCACGAACAACAUUACCGACUCUCCCGAAGAUGAUGACGACGCGGCCGCGGCUGAACUUACCGUUAAAGACGAAGACACGGCUGAGAUCCCGUUAGACGAACCUUCGGAAGAGUUCGUCGACAUAUUCGGAAGUGAAACUGAAGCGGCGAAGGAGGAAGUUCUGCUGGCGGAUGUUACUGUCGAAGCAGCAGCAGAUAAAAGUGAAGCGAUCAUCAGUCUCACGGAUCCACCUGGUGACGAGGAGACAGGGAAAGAUGACGAACAAGAAGACGAUGAAACUUCCAUCAACCCGUUCGCCGACCCAAUAAUCGAACCGAUCGCCGCCCCGAUCAUUGAUCCAAUCAGCGCUCCGGUUGCUGACGAGAUCGUGGACCUCAGUGCAGAUCUACCAGCCAGUAGCUCCUCUCAGCCUCCGCCUGCCAGCGAGAAGUUCAUCGACCCGUUGGUCGACCUCCUCGGCGACGCUCUGCCGGCCGCCGAAGUCAAAGUCCCGAGCCGUGCGACGGUGGACCUGUUCGAAGACGAGGGCAGCGACUUGUUCACGGAGCCGCGGCAGACUAAAUCCGCCAAGCAGAUGCAGAAAAGCCUCUUCGGCGAGCCGGACGAGGAUCUGUUCGGCGAGCCGCUGGGCGCCACCGCGAAGAAAGCCGUCAGCAAAGAGCCCAAGGACAAACCGCUCCAGACGACCAAAGCUGUUAGUGACGUCAGCGCCUCAGGAGGCCCGCUGCAGGACGCCAACCCUGCAGAACCUGCUGACCUCUUCUCCGAGGAGGCCGUCACCACGCUGCCCAGCGCCAAAAACACCAGCACCGCCACCUCCAAGACCAACGGAGUCAGCUCCGAGGAGGACACGGAUAUAUUCGCUGAAGCCACGGUGGAGCUGUCCCUGGACAGCCCGCGGGCCGAGAGGAAGACCGACGUGACGCCCAAACCGUCCGCCUCCGCUCCCGCCCUGUCCGCCGCCGCCGCCACUGCCAGCCUCGCCAAACCACAGCCUGCUGCUGCCCUGGAGGAGUUGGAGGAAGAGGAAGAAGAAGAGCAGGAAGACAAAUUUGAAGUCUUUGUUUCUGUCAAAGACCCUGAAAAAAUAGGGGACGGGAUGAACGCCUACAUGGCCUACAAAGUGGCCACACAGACAACAUUGCCGAUGUUCCGCAACAAGACGUUCACGGUGCGACGGCGCUUCAGCGACUUCCUCGGCCUCUACGAGAAGCUCUCUGAGAAACACGGACCAAACGGGUUCAUCGUGCCUCCGCCGCCAGAGAAGAGCAUUCUGGGUAUGACGAAGGUGAAGGUGGGGAAGGAAGACUCUUCCUCUGCAGACUUUGUUGAGAGAAGAAGAGGAGCUUUGGAGCGGUAUCUGCAGAGGGUGGUCAACCACCCGUCACUGCUCCAGGAUCCUGACGUCAGAGAGUUCCUGGAGAGAGAAGAAUUGCCCCGGGCCGUGAGCACCCAGGCUCUGAGCGGCGCCGGCUUCCUGAAAAUGAUCAACAAAGCGACAGACGCCGUCAGUAAAAUGACCAUCAAGAUGAAUGAGUCAGACGUGUGGUUCGAGGAGAAGCUGCAGGAAGUGGAGUCUGCAGACCAGCAGUUCAGGAAGCUGCACGCGCUGGUCGAGUCUCUGGUCGUCCACAGGAAAGAGCUCUCGUUAAACACGGCCAGCUUCGCUAAGAGCACGGCGAUGCUGGGCAGCGCCGAGGACAACACGGCUCUGUCCCGAGCUCUGUCCCAGCUGGCCGAGGUGGAGGACAAGAUGGAGCAGCUGCACCAGGAGCAGGCGGCCAACGACACCUUCAGCUUCGCUGAGCUCAUCGCUGACUACAUCCGGCUGCUCGGAGCCGUCAGGGGCUCCUUUGAUCACCGUAUGAAGGCGUGGCAGCGUUGGCAGGACGCUCAGGCCGUUCUGCAGAAGAAGAGAGAGACCGAGGCCAAACUGCUUUGGGCCAACAAGCCCGACAAACUGCAGCUCGCCAAAGAAGAGAUCGCUGAGUGGGAGGCCAAAGUGACGCAGUACGAGAGAGACUUUGAGAGAGUUUCUGCGACGGUGCGUAAGGAAGUGGUUCGCUUCGAGAAAGAAAAAGCCCGAAACUGUAAACGAGAGAUAAUUCACUACUUGGAGUGUCUGCUUCAGACUCAGCAGCAGCUGAUAAAGUACUGGGAGGCGUUCCUACCAGAAGCUAAAGCGAUCGCCUGAGUCUGGAGCAGGUCGGCUGCAGCAGGCUGCCUUCUUCUACACUUUACCUCUUUGCCUUUAAACCAAGGAAACGCGCGCAUUGUAAAGGGAGAUACAAUCAACCUGUUUUUUUUUUUGUUUGUUUUUUUAAUCACCUUUAACAUAUAGCUCUGUACUCUAUUGUAUUAAUAAUUGUAUAUUUUCAUUUAACCUUCCACAAAUAUUUUCUUAUUAGAUGAAAAGAAAAAAAAGAAAAGAAAAGAGUUUGCAUAUACAAAGAGAAAGUAGAUUCCAUGAAGGGAAAAGAGCCGAGUCGUCGUUCUCAGGAUUCCUCCCUGUUGUGUUCAGGAGCUCGUCAUCAGCAGAUAAAGUUUACAGCUUCUCAUCACGUCUGGGGACCAAGAGUCUCGCUCCGUUUCUUCUUUUAAAAAAAAAAACACUCAAAGGGAUAAAAAAAAGAAAAAAGUACCAGUUAAAUGAAUAAGGAUUCUGAGCACUUCCACCAGGUGGAUCAAGUACUAAAGUACCAGCCAUGAUGUUGUUUUUUCUUUGUUUUUCUUUCAGAUUUAUAGAAAGUAUGGAUGCUGGAUGGGGGAGGGGUAGCAGGGUGACGAGGCAUUAGGUGAGCGGUGUUACGGCUGUGGCAUCGCAGGUCGAGCUUAAAGAGUUUAAAGCCACAGUUUGGGUUUAUUACGUGUGGUUGGACUGGAGGGAAUUAUCCAGAGUCAGCAGAAAUACAAUGAUAAUAAUGUCGAAAUGUAGCCAUUAUCCAAACUCUUUCCAAAGCCACCAGACUCCACUGACAAAAACGGGAAUUUUAUCUCACAGGAAAUGAGAGUUGCUGUUUUUUACUUUGCUUCAAUCAAUUAGUUUGUGUUCUUUGAGGUAAAAUUACAGAAAAUAUCUUCAGUGCCCUUCAGGAAAAGCUUUAAAACUUUUCUUAAUUCAGCAUACACCACAGAUCUACAGUUAUUUUUACUUAUUAUUAUUAGACCAGCCUUGUUUUCUUCAAUUUCUUAUGCAUUUUAAUGCCUGGUACAACUAAAGGUGCAUUUGUUUGGACAAAUAUAAUGAUAACAAGAAAAAAUAGCAUUUAAGAGUUUAAUUUAUGAGCUGAUAUUUAGACAUUUAACAUGGUUUUAUUGAUGAUAGCCAAAAUCAUUAUGAAGAAAAUCAUGGAAAAUGUCUAGAUAUCAGCUCUUAAAUUAAAUUCUUGUUUAAUUCUUGUAAUUAAACUGUUGUUAUCAUUAUAUUUGUCCAAACAAAUGCACCUUUAGUUGUAAGUAAGAAAAGUUUUAAAGCUCUUUCUGAUGUUUUUCUGCGCUCUCUUCAAAUCCACCAGACUCCAUUCAGAAAAACAGUAAUUUUACCUUCGGCUGCCUUAAUUUCAGUUUGUGUUGUUAUAGAAAAUGUGUCAAAGAAGCUCAUGUGAUAAUCCAACACAUCACUCACUGGACAUGUGAUUAAAAGUUCAUAAACUCCUGUAAACAGGAAUGUCUGAACAGUUUUACACCUUUUUGAGAGGCCAUGUAGGAGAAAAAUAUGGCUAAAAAAAGCAAUUUAACAUUUCAAAAACACAAUUUAUAACAUAAUUUAAAACCCAUUGUGCAGGGUAGGCUUUAACUGACGGAUAAAGACUUUUAAAGUGGAUUUAUUGGCAUUUUUAAGUGAAUCUGAACUAUAAACCUUAUAAAACAGCAACCGAUUGAGGCAACAUCAGACCAGCAACUCCUAUUUCCUGUGAGGUAAAAUGAGUGUUUUUGUGAAUGAAGUCUGGUGGCUUUGAAGAGAGUCGAUAAUAACUUUUAGUGUAACUGAAACUCACCUGGUGGCAGGUGAACUCUGACUGUGGAUAAGAACCUCAUCCAACACGCUUAAAUCUGAUAUUUUAUAAUACUUUAGAUAUGAUUUCAAUCAUAGUGCAAACUUUACUCUAUAACUACAAAUGUCUGUGCCUUUUUAAGUCAGAAUGGUGUUUUUGGUGAAAUCGGUUUUGGGAGAAAGUUUCUGCCACAGCAGCCAUAAAGAUAAAAUAAUAAUGUGUCAACGCAAAACUUCACUGUGUUUCCAUGUUGGAGCCCAUUUGCUACAAAUUAGUGAUUUUUUAAAAUUAUAUAUAUUCUUGUGUAAAGAUUUUGUUUACUCCCCAGAUUCUGUUUCUGUUAUCAGAGAUCAGACAUGAAGCAUCAAACUAUACAGUUUCACAGAUGAAAGAUCAGCUGAUAAAAUCAUAAAAAACAUUAAAAAAAGACAAAUGUAAUUUCAAAACCUACACGUCGUUGCACAAAAUCAAUAAAAAUGUAAUAAAAGAAAAAGAAAAGAAACAUUUAAGAGUAAUUUCAGCAGUAAUUUCAACCAAGUGAAAUUAAAAAAUAGAUUAAAAAUGACAUAAAAAUGAAAAUAUAUGAUAAUGAAAUGUAAUAAAAGAAACAUUUAAGAGUAAUUACAGCAAAUAGAAAAACCAAGUGAAAUAAAAAAUAGAUUAAAAAUGACAUAAGAACAAGAAUAUAUGAUAAUAAAAUGUAAUAAAAGACGAAUAACAAGAUAAAACUGACAGCAGCAGUCAGGUUUCCGUCCAAAUCAAGUAAAAAUUAAACAUAAUUUUGAAAAGAAAAUUAAUUAAAAUAAAUGUAAAUGAAUGUUUGUUUCCAUCUCCAGCUGUUACAGAGAUGAACAGCAGGUGGCGCCAAUUCUCUGUUAGAGUUUCUUUUAUUAACCGUUACAGAAAAAAAGAUGGUUUCACUGGAAGAGAAACUAGAAAACUGACAGUAAAUCAUGUGUGUUUCAUAUAUUAAUGAGAGGAAAACAUCACAACUGAUUCACUAAAUGUCUUUCUAUCAACACUGUUACAGAUUCUCACUAAGCCAAGAGUAAAACCUUUUUUUUUUGCAUUAUUUCAAGAUUCUUUUUCUUCAAAUUUUCCACCUUUGCACUCAGGUUUUCAUGCACAAACUGAACGUUUCUGUCUGCAGCAAACACCAGAAUCACAUCAUAUAAAAAACUGACUGUUAUCAUUACGUGCUGAUUUCUUUUUACACACUUCAAUUAAAAAAUGCUUCAAAGUUUGUUCAACCAAAAAGAAAAACCUGUUUUCAUUCUGUUAGUGUUGAUAGUUGUUAUUAAUAGCGUCCUAUUCCCUGAGUCUUGACUCACAGGCGCCUCUGUGGAUUUUCUGUUUUUAUUCAUUUCUCACACCUGUUUAUCAUGAAUGCAAACAAUGUAGAUUUAGAUUUAUUCUUCCACACAAACAAACAAACAGCUCAGCAAAUGUUCUGUGAGAAAGAAAAGCAGCGACACAUUUAUUUGGACCUCUGAGACCUUAAAUGUAAACUCAGCUCAGCUUUAAUUCACUAAAGAUGUUUAGAGGUGAUGGGACAGUGACUGUUGGGUAUUUUUGCAUGAUGAAGUAUUUUUACUGAUAGAGCUGCAACUCACAAUUAUUGUUUUUAUUGCCAAUCUGUCAAUGAUUUAAUUAAUCAAUUAAUAACGUGAUCAGUUUGUUUAGAAAAUGGUGAAAAAUGUCAAUUUCUGUUUCCAAAAGCCCAAAAUAAUGUCCUCAAAUGUUUUGUUUUGUCCACAACUCAAAAGAUAAUAAUUUUACUGUCAUGGAGGAGUGAAAUAUAUACAUUUAAAGUCAUUUAAAACAUGAUUAGACCAUUGUUUUGUUAAUUUUCUUGUUCAUUUUAAUGCCUGGUACAACUAAAGAUACAUUUGUUUGGACAAAUAUUACAAAAAUAGCUGAUAAGAGUUUAAUUUAAGAGACAUUUAACAUGGUUUUCUUGAUAAUAACCAAAAUAAUUAUCAGGAAAACCAUGAAAAAUAUCUAGAUAUCAGCUCUUAUGAGCUUUUUUUGUUGUUAUAAUGAUUAAAUAAUAAAAUUAAUAAUAAAAUAAAUGUAAAUUUGUCCAAACAAAUGUACCUUUAGUUGUACCAGGCAUUAAAAUGAACAAAAAAUUGAAGAAAUCAAUAGUCUAAUAAUUGUUUCCAUGACUAUAUAUUCACAUUUAAGAAGAUGGGAGCAGAGAUAAUUUUUUAAACUUUUUUCUUAAAACUGACUGUAGAUUUAUUUGUCAACUAUUAAAUGAAUCAGCAAAGAUUUUGAUAAUCAAUUAAUCCUUUAAUCUUUGCAGCUCUGAUGAGUUGUCAGAAUUAUAUCUUGAUCAUUUCAGCAUUAAAUUCUGUGUUUUAUUUCUAGUAAAUGGGCAACAACAUGCAGGAAAAGACUUUGUGCUUCAGAUACUAAACGUCCUGAUGAAGCUCAGUCUGAACUCUCCAUCUCAGCUUUAAUCUCACAUUCUUGUCUUCUCUGGACCUGCAGAUGUUUUUUGUUCCUUCUGACCGUCAGACGCUUGUUUUCAGCCUCGUUCUGUUUGUCUCCACUCAUUAAUGUGCAGAGCGACGUCAGCACUGUGUCAUAGAAACUUCUUUUAAAACAAAUCAAUAAAAGUUGCACUGUUUACACUCGGAAAGUUAAUUAA